AUUCGGCAGUAGGCGUCAUGUAUAUAUAUGUGUGGCUUGUUUUCAUUUUACUUAAACGUACAAUCGAUUGUGUUCCUUAAAUAAUGUUAACGACAGCAGCACAGGUGUGCGUCCUCGUUAUCUAUACCUGUGUACAUAAGUACCUUGUACCUGACUGUGCCAGUAUGUACCUGCACACAUGUACAACUUACCUGUAUAAUUCACCUGUUAGAACAUAGCUCCUUCCUGCGAGUUGAAGGGGCGGAGGCACGCUUUUAUUUUACCUAAAAUAGAUUUUUAAGGAACCUUAUAUGUUUCAUCGUACGUUGUACGACCAAUGUACAAAACAUCGUCACGUUCUUAUUUAGAUAAAUUGAUGUCAGCUCGUGAAAUGAAGUUUCCGGAAAUGGACACCUGCAUAUAGUCAUGUGAUCGAGAGUAACCUUAAUUUUGAAAGGACAUUGGUGAUGAAGCUGAGUGGACAUUAGCUUGACCAUGGCAUGAAUCAUUCCUUAGACUGACCAGAUCUGGAUUCUGAAAUAGAAAACUUCGGUCUCCAUGAAUAAACCGAAUGUCAGCUAAACCUUACAGUACCACAAGUCUUCCCGUCAGCAACACGACGAUACCCAUGGGGGGAACGCUGGAUGAUGACAGCAAGUCAGAGGGUCUGACGAUAGGUCUGACCGUGGUGGGGGUUCUUGUGUUCAUCCUAGCAGCUAUUGGAUGUACUUACAUGUAUCGUACAAAACGAAUGUUCCGAAUGUGUGAUUUUUGGAAUCGAAAGCGCCGGCGAAGACUAUCUUCCGGAAGUAGUCAGCGCGCUCUCGAGGAUGACGGUACAUCAAUUGACAUUCCCGGAAGCAGACGAGAGGCUAACUUAUUCUCAAUAGAUGAUGAGGAACCUAAUCGGGAUAACGAUGACGGUUAUUUUUAUGACGAGGUGUUCGAAAGAUCGGCAUUUGUCGACGCAAAAACGAAUGCAGCUUUAAAAGAAUUGUAUGUCACUGGGGAAGUACCGGACCUGGACUUUAAGGAGCAGAGAUAUUAACAUGAUUGACAAUAUUCGAUAAAUCUCAGUGUUUCAAGAGUGUGCUAAUACUCGAAUAAAACCACCCGUAUGCUGUUUAGCGGGAUGGGCUGUUACAACAUGGAGCACCCGCUAGAUAUACAGCAGCCUCGAAUUCCAAGGGCUGCACCCCUGGAAUAUGCCAUGAUAGAUAAAAGUCUCUUUACGCGACUUCUUCCGUGCGGACGAUACAAUCAGACUUAUAAUGUUUCUUUGAUUAAGAUCAAAGCAAUCACGCGGCAGCAUAACGUUAUUGUUUUUUAGGUUUUGAGGUUAGGUGGUUCUCUUCUGCUAUAUUCUAAAGACACGUAUCAGCCUGAAGAUUGGUAAAGGUUUUAUACAUAUACCUGAAACUUGUAUAAAGAGGACAUAUUGUUUUCGAGGAUGACUACAGCAUACAUUGUAUAUAUUGCAUAUCAAUUGAUGAUUAUUUAGUAUCAUUAAUAUUUUAUCGUUAUCAGAACACCUCAAGAUCAUUUAGGGGAACCAUACUGUUACGGGUAUUGUUCCAAAGGCCCCAGUCACGGCAAUACGAAAUUCCAUCCUUGGGAAUUAAAACGAUAUCGUAUUAAAACAAAAAGAUAAGCUUAAAUAUAUGUAACUCCUUGUUCGUUUUGUAGAAAAAUUAAUAUACAUUUGAUGAGGGGCGGAAAAGAAAAAAAAAAUGACGAAGUUCAUUUGACCUGAUUUUGUAUUAUAAUAUUUAUAUAUAAAGUACUGCAUUGCUAUUGAAAGACAUGUUCUUUACUUGAGUACGCUAUGCGUUUGUCCCUUCACUGUUUCAUGUAUACGCUGUAGUAUAAUGGCGUGUGCGUUGCCAUUCAUUAAAUCAAAGUCUACACUCUAUUUCACAUACACAAUUUGAUUGAUAACGCUGGCUGAUAUAAUGUGUGUACUGACCUGUAUGUACUGUUGAUCAAGGAUUGUCAACCGUCUGAAGGUGACAACUAGAAUAGCGCUUUAAAUUACUCGUGGAGGUUCAACACUGCACCCGUUUUUCCAAAAACAACUAUUAAAUGUUUGAGGGAAAAUGUAAAACAUUUGAAAGAAAAAAAGAAUUAGAAAAAGUCGAUUUAAAAGUUUUUAAAUCAUAAAGCCUCUAAAAAAAUCCCCUUUAAACCUUUAUCACCCUAAUGGUAUAUGAACAAAAAAUGUCUUCGUGUUUGGUCUUAACGUAUCAACUAAAUUCUAAAUUGCAAUAUAUCAUUUGGAUUUUAUAUAAUUUUCAUGUGACGUGUUAUUUUUUUCACAUAAACACAUUAUUGAGAUCUCUUGUUAUUUAAAAAGAAAUGUGAGAUGAAUUUAUCCAUUCAAUGUUGUAUAUGCUUAGAAACGGAGCUGAUCCUUUUUUGUCCAGAAAGUCAAUCGAUUAAAGAUUUAUUUUAAUAUAUUCACACAAACACUGCAUGCAUGUAUUUUUUCUUUUUUCGAUGAAUAUAAUAAAAUUAUGAUCAAUCCAAAUAUAAUUACAAUGAGUCAUAAAGAAAUAAAGUUGUAUAUGCUCUUUGCAUCAAGAAAAAUGACCUGCUGCUAGACAUGUUACUUGUUACCAAUAACUAAUUCAUAAUCAGAAAAGACUUGAGGUCCUGGGGCGUUAAAGGUCAUUGUUGGCCUUAAAAAAAAACAUUUUAACUUUAAUUCAUUUACCAUAUUUUUAUAAACAUCAAAUUGGUUAAUUAGGGUUAUCUUUCCUGGUGCCGAUCGUUUCCAAUGCGCAUACGUAGAUGCCCUACCAUAGCAACAAAAUUGCGCUGCUGUGCAGGAACAGUCCAAAUAUGGUGUUUUUGGACAGUUAGCAUGCAUAAUUGAAAGCCUCCUCAUGUGACGAACAAAAACUUCUUUCGACGAAUGAACAGUGGUAUAACAAUGAUUAGACACGUCAAAUAUUGAUUUGUUUGGUGCAUGCGGAGGAUUUCAAAAUUUGAAGAACAUUCGACUCAUAAACACAAAUGAACUAUUGUCAUUAUUGUACCAUUGCUGCUGGUAUGCACAUGUUGCAUUAAUCUUUAACAAAUGACAAAUAUUCCUAAACAUUGACAUGUAUAUAUUUUAUCAUUAUCAAUAAAGUUUGCAAAACCAGCAAAAUGUAUAUGGUAUGACAUAAUUUGUGUAUUUAUUUUUAU